AGCGGAGCGGAGCGGAGCGCUCGGCCCCGUCGCAGCAGUCUGCCGGCGCUGCGGAGCGGAGGAGCGCGGCCAUGGCGGCCACCCCGGCGGAGGCGGAGACCCGGCAGCGGCUGCUGCGCACCGUGAAGAAGGAGGUGAAGCAGAUCAUGGAGGAGGCAGUGACGAGGAAGUUUGUGCAUGAGGACAGCAGCCACAUCAUCUCCUUCUGUGCUGCUGUGGAAGCCUGCGUCCUGCACGGCUUGAAGAGGAGGGCUGCCGGGUUCCUGCGCAGCAACAAGAUAGCAGCUCUCUUCAUGAAGGUGGGGAAGAGCUUCCCUCUGGCAGAAGAGCUCUGCAAGAAGGUGCAAGACUUGGAGCAGCUCAUUGAGAAUGCACGAAAUCAAGCCCAGGGCAUCCCGGAGAACGUGCGCAAGGUGCCCAAGCUGCCCAACCUGUCUCCUCAAGCCAUCAAGCACCUCUGGAUCCGCACAGCCCUCUUUGAAAAGGUCCUGGAUAAAAUCGUGCACUACUUGGUGGAGAACAGCAGUAAGUACUAUGAGAAAGAAGCUCUCCUGAUGGAUCCCGUGGAUGGGCCAAUCCUUGCAUCUUUAUUGGUGGGGCCCUGUGCACUGGAGUACACCAAGAUGAAGACUGCUGACCACUUCUGGACAGACCCCUCAGCUGAUGAGCUGGUUCAGAGGCACCGGAUCCACAGCUCCCACUGUCGCCAGGACUCGCCCACCAAGCGCCCUGCGCUCUGCAUCCAGAAAAGGCACUCGAGUGGCAGUAUGGAUGACAGACCAUCGCUGUCUGCCAGGGACUAUGUGGAGUCCCUGCACCAGAACUCCAGAGCCACACUCCUCUACGGCAAGAACAACGUCCUGGUGCAGCCACGAGAUGACAUGGAGGCUAUCCCAGGAUAUCUGUCCCUUCACCAGACUGCUGACAUCAUGGCCCUGAAGUGGACUCCCAACCAGCUGAUGAACGGCUCCGUGGGUGAUCUGGACUACGAGAAGAGCCUAAGCUCUAAAAUUUCCCAGUGUCAAGAUGUGACCAAGGAAGAGAGAAGCCAACUGACAAAUGUUUACUGGGACUACGCCAUGACUAUUCGCCUGGAGGAGAUUGUCUACUUGCACUGCCACCAGCAAGCAGUAGACAGCGGUGGGACGGUUGUCUUGGUGAGCCAGGAUGGCAUUCAGAGGCCCCCACUGCGGUUCCCCAGAGGAGGACACUUGCUGCAGUUCCUGUCCUGCCUGGAGAAUGGCCUCUUACCCCAUGGGCAGCUGGAUCCACCCCUCUGGUCACAACGAGGAAAGGGAAAGGUGUUCCCCAAGCUGAGGAAGCGAAGUCCCCAGGGCUCCUCCGAGUCUGCGUCCGACAAGGAAGACGACGAAGCCACAGAUUAUGUGUUCAGGAUCAUCUACCCAGGGACACAGUCUGAAUUUGUGCCCCAGGACCUGAUGGACACGCCGGGUGCUGGCCUCCCUGCCAUGUGGCAACCCAGCACCCGCAAGUCCUCCUGCUCCUCCUGCUCUCAGAGUGGCUCCUCUGAUGGAGGACCAUCCAAUGGCUGCAGCCACGAGAGAGCUCCUCUGAAGCUGUUGUGUGACAACAUGAAGUACCAGAUCCUCUCCCGGGCCUUCUAUGGCUGGCUGGCCUAUUGCCGGCACCUCUCCACGGUGAGAACUCACCUGUCGGCGCUGGUCAACCACAGCAUCGUGUCUCCUGAUGUGCCCUGCAGUGCCAGCUCAGGACUGACUGUGGACAUAUGGCAGAGAUACCUGCAGGACACCACGAGUUAUGAGGACCAGGAGCUGCUGCGGCUGAUCUACUACGGUGGGAUCCAGCACGAGAUCAGGAAGGCUGUCUGGCCCUUCCUGCUGGGCCACUACCACUUUGGCAUGACAGAGGCAGAAAGGAAAGAGGCUGAUGAGCAGAUCCGUGCCUGCUACGAGCACACCAUGGCCGAGUGGCUGGGCUGUGAGGCCAUCGUCCGGCAGCGGGAGAAGGAGUCACACGCAGCAGCCUUGGCCAAGUGCUCCUCUGGGGCCAGCCUGGACUCCCACAUUCAGAGGAUGAUGCACAGGGACUCCACUAUCAGCAACGAGUCCUCUCAGAGCUGCAGCUCUGGCCGGCAGAAUCACGCCCGGCUGCAGAGCGACUCCAGCUCCAGCACGCAGGUGUUUGAAUCUGUUGAUGAAGUAGAACAGACCGAAGGAGAUGCUCAACUGGAAGAUGGCAAACAAAGCAAGAUCUCCAAUGGCACAGUUCCCAAUGGCACAUGCUCUCCUGAUUCAGGCCACCCAUCUUCCCAGAACUUUUCCAUCACAUCAGGAUUCUCAGAGCGUAGCUUCAGCAAUGAGGACAGCGCCAUGGAAACCAACAAAUCCUCCACUAGCUCUCAGGGUAAAGCUGGUGGCUCUGACCUACCAGGUCCACAGGAGCAAGAUGGUGCCCAGCAAGAGGAGAAGCUGCAAGGCCAAGACAGCCUGGAAGGUGAAUUUUCCACCAGUGGAAGCGUGGAUUUUGUUCCUGUGGAUGAGAGCUCGUCGGGGGUGCUGCGCGAUCGUGACAGCGUGGCCCUGACAGUGGUGGAGAGCUGGGCAGACAGCGAGGCUGAAAAGCAAAGCUUGGUGGAGAGUGAAGAUAACCUCUCUGAGGAACCAGAGAUGGAGAGUUUGUACCCACAGCUGGAUUCUCUGGCUGUGACUGAUCUGGCCAACAGUGACACAUCUGCUGUCUCCUCGACGGGUGUCACCUACUCUCCAGAGCUGCUGGACAUGUACACGGUGAACCUGCACCGCAUUGAGAAGGACGUGCAGCGCUGCGACCGCAACUACUGGUACUUCACCCCUGCCAACCUGGAGAAGCUCCGCAACAUCAUGUGCAGCUACAUCUGGCAGCACAUUGAGAUUGGCUAUGUGCAGGGCAUGUGUGACCUUCUAGCCCCUCUUCUGGUCAUCCUGGAUGAUGAGGCUCUGGCUUUCAGCUGCUUCACUGAGCUUAUGAAGAGGAUGAAUCAGAACUUCCCCCAUGGAGGAGCCAUGGACACUCACUUUGCCAAUAUGAGGUCUCUGAUCCAGAUCCUGGACUCUGAGCUCUUCGAGCUGAUGCACCAGAAUGGUGAUUACACUCACUUCUACUUCUGCUACAGAUGGUUCCUCCUGGACUUCAAGAGAGAGCUGGUGUAUGACGAUGUGUUUGCUGUCUGGGAGACCAUCUGGGCAGCUGCACAUGUUUCCUCUGCUCACUAUGUGCUCUUCAUCGCCCUGGCGUUGGUGGAGAUGUACCGGGACAUCAUCCUGGAGAACAACAUGGACUUCACAGACAUCAUCAAGUUUUUCAAUGAGAUGGCUGAGAGGCACAACACCAAGCAGAUCCUGAAGCUGGCUCGGGACCUGGUCUACAAAGUCCAGACUCUGAUCGAGAACAAGUGAAGGAUGUGAGGAAGAAGAGGCACCCAGACAGAGAGCCAGGACCCCCUUUCAAUGCUUCCUCCCCUUCUCCUCCUCCUCCAAGUGCCAUACCUGUGGAGGUGAGGUAGUUGCACACAUGCUGCUGUCUAAACUGGAAGUCCCUUUAGCCCUCCAAGUGCUGUGGUCAGUGUUAGGUCCAGGGGUCCUGGCUCAGAUCUUCACAGCCUUCUUCAGUGACUUAACCAAAGAUCCCUACAGUUGCAUUGUAUUGCUGAGGACUUGCUUUGCAAGCAGGGCCUGGGCAGUUGCUUCCUCACCUUGCUGCAGCAGAAGGGCAGUGAGUGUGGUCACCACCACAACUGCUGAGGCUGAUGCCAGCAUCCCAGGUCAGAGCUGAGGGUCUGGGAGACUCCACAGGGCAAACUUGGGCAAGGUAAUAAAGCUGCUUCCUUG